AUGAAAUGCUGGUGCGGCACCCUGGCGCUUCUCCCCUGGGUGCUGGUGGUCCUGGACGCCCAGCUGAUCUGCUGGCAGGCGCUCCUCCGGUGCCACGACGAGCCCGAGUGCGAGCUGGCCUACAGCCAGUACCUGGCGGCGUGUGAGGGCCACCUCCGCGGCACCGGGAGGCGGUGCCCCAGCCACUGCAUCAACGCGCUCAUCCGCCUCAACCACACCCGCGGCGGGCCGGCGCUGGAGAGCUGCGACUGCGCGCGGGACGCCGACUGCCUGGGCGCCAAGCGGGCCAUCGAGCCCUGCCUGCCCCGCAGGCACCCCGGCGACGCCGGCGGGAUCGGCUGCAUGGAGGCCCGCCAGCGCUGCGAGGAGGACAGCGGCUGCCACGCCUCCCUGGCCGACUACCUGUCCAACUGCGGGCAGCUGUUCAACGGCAGGAAGUGCUCCCCCAAGUGCAGGGCCACCAUCCAGCAGAUGCUCUUCAUCCCCAACGGCGCGCUGCUCAACCGCUGCGUCUGCGACGGCGUGGAGAGGCCCUUCUGCGAGGUGGUCAAGGAGAACAUGAGCAAGCUGUGCUCCGUCGGGGACCACAGCGUGGCGUCCGACCAGCCCGACGUGGACUACCUCUACGAGGAAGAGGACUACGACCCCAAAAGCGACCGGGAGGACGUUUACGCCGAGAACUCCUCCGCGUCCCAGAGGUUAUCCAGCUGUUCGGCGCUCCUCCUGCUGCUAUGGAUAGUGUUCUGA